AUGACGGGAGAAUUAAGGCGAUACAGCUCUUACGUCAUGUUUGGGGGAACGACCGCUGUCAUGGCCGCGUACGGUCGUGGAAAUCAACAAGACGAAGACAACUCUGUUCGUCUCGUGAAUGGUACCGGAGCACACGAAGGAAGGGUAGAGGUAUUCUACAACGGAUCUUGGGGGACCGUCUGUGAUGACUCUUGGAGCAUUUAUGACGCACGUGUGGUCUGUAGAAGUCUAGGCUAUCAGGAUUCCCUCAGUGCCCCGCAUUCCGCUCGCUUCGGCCAGGGCAGUGGUCCUAUUUGGAUGGAUGACGUCGAUUGCAGGGGCAAUGAGACACAUAUUUUCGACUGUCCGCAUAACGGCUUCGAAAGCCACAACUGCUACCAUGAGGAAGAUGCCAGUGUCGUCUGCUUACAUGAUCGAAACACUUCGUGCAGUAGGAACUAUUACGACAGUACAGGGAAUAUUACGAGUCCAUUUUACCCUGAGGGUUACGGAGCUAGGUUAGAGUGCAACUAUCAAUUGAAGAUCUGGACUGCGAAGAAAAUCACACUGAUAAUGCAGGACUUUGUUACCGAACCAGAUCAAGACUUCCUCAUCUUCGGCGAGGGUCCAGAAGUCAUUUACGAGGGCCCAAACGUUAUCUCAAUUACCGGGAACCUCACGAGCUUGCCCUUGAUCGAAAGGACUUAUACAUUGGCGAACAACCAAGUCUUCCUCACUUUCAUCUCAGAUAGCAUUAUCACACCACCACGAGGAUAUUUUCACAUCACCUAUACUGCAGAUAUUGAUGAGUGUGAGAGUGACCUUUGUCAGAACGGUGGAAUGUGCAGGAACUUGGAGAAUUCCUUCGAAUGCGUUUGUGUCAUUGGUUUUAUUGGUGUCUACUGUGAGAUUGAACGCACAUGUUCGAACGUCACGAUGGAAACUGAAUUCGGACAGGCCAGACUUCCGAUGACUGAAGUUGGAAUCGUAAUCGACUCGGAAGAACUGUGCCCAGAGGAAGUUUCUAAAGUGAAGUAG